AUUGAGAGCCAAUACAGCCAUGGGCAAUGCAGAAAGCUGCGGGGCACUUCAGGCAGAGCUGGCGAAGCUCGAGGACACAUUGGCGGUGUUGGCAGUAACGAACCCUGUUGGUUGCCGCCCUCUGCUUCCCCACCACAUCCAGCUCCGUGGUUGUGUCCUGCGAUGCAAACAAGGCGUAGCUGUCGUUGUCGGGCCUGUGGUUGGCGCCGUCGGUCCGGAUUACGCUCGCAUCCUCCUCGAAGUCGACAUGUCCACGACAGUCACAUGUCACGUCUCUCGCCGCGAACGGGUCACUGGCCAGUGGCUCGAAGUCGACGCGGCACGAGUCGCUGUCGACUGCGUCAAAGGCCGUCCGAGCAUCUUUCACAUGAAGCACCUCCUCCCAGGCACGUCAUACGCCUACGCGUUUAGCGGUCUCGCGGAGGCCGACGCCACCACUCGAUGUGGCUACGUCCAUACUUUGCAUGUGUCGGACGCUCCAGUCCGCAUUGGGGUUGUAAGCGGCAACAAUGUGUUUUCAGGCGACACGCUGGAUAUGUGGGCUCGAUUGGCCACCGAUGUCGAUCCGACUAGUACUACUACUACUAGUAGUCCUACUACUACCAAUGAAAACUUGUUGCCAGUGCAUUACACGUUGCAUUUGGGCGGUCAAGUGCUGCUAGAAAAUGCGUUCCAUCAGUGCUGGAUCAUGCUCUCCCGCUUUGCCACGUCAUCAAUCUCAACCUCUUCGACCCCAUCUUCUUCAUGGACGAGUAUGGAAGCCCAAGUCGUGGAGCGCCUGCGCGACGCCUACCGGUUCCAGUGGAGCCUCCCGUCCGUCCGCCGCGUAUUGGCCAACACGUCCAACUUGAUGAUGUGGGGUGACGAGGACAUUUACCGCAACUUUACGACCUCCGCCACGUUUCAAAUGGAUCACGAAGCGCCGACCGUCCAGAUGCAAGUGAUGCGGGUGCUGCUGCGGUCGGCAAGGCGGGUGUACCACGAGUACCAGCGCCAGCUAUGGGACGUUGACUACCACGAGUUUCAAACUCAAACGGACAUUCUGGUGGCGGCAUCGGAGGCGGCUAUUGUGGCCACCUCAAAUGUAGCUCAAUAUGCGUUCGAGUCGGCUGAAUUGGACAAGCACUUGGCGCUUGCCAAGCGAAAAAUGGAUUUUGAUAUGGUCAAACGGUGUGAAAGUCGAUUGAGCGAGCUCAAAACCCUCACUGCCAACCUCGAAGCGCAAUAUGUGACACUGCGCGAACAAACGGCCCCCCGACGAGGCGAAGAGUUCUUUUUUCGGCUGGAGAAUCACAUGGGUUUUCUCAUGCUGGACAUACGCGGCACCAAAUUAACACCCAGCGGAGCUCAAGCGCCAGACAACCCCGUGUUUAGCCCCGUGCAGUGGGAUUUUGUGCUUAAGGUGCUGGCCGAUGUGACGCUGCGUGUGUUAGUCGUGUGCUCCGAACUGCCCCUUGUGGACGACUCGAAUGCUAAUAUUCAAGAGUUCAUAACAUCCUCCAAGGUUCCGUCGUCGUCGUCGUCCUCUAGGCCCAACCCUCGGUCUUCGUGUCGGAGUUGGUGGGGCGCUGUUCCCCGCGACCAACAGCGGCUACUGACCCUCGUCUCUGAAUGGAAACUCCAGAAACCAAAUCGGGAGCUCGUGCUCCUGUCUGGCGCGUCGUCGAUGGGGGGGGCGCUGGCGUCAACGGUCACAGACAUGAAAAUGCGCACGGAAUUCCAUCAGCAUGUCGUGGGGCCCAUCGCCGGACCGUGUCACAUGGCGCUAGUGCCGACGAGGACAGGCGUCGUGGGCGAUCGGUUUGCAUUUCAGCACGAUGUGGUUCUUCCCGGGGAAAACAACUUUGCUAUCCUUACGCUGGCCGCCGCGGAAGGCCGCGAUCCAGUCGUGACAUGUCGGCGCGUGGGCCAGUUGGCGUCGACGGUGAAUGUGCUCGUGGGUCCUGUGGUUGGUGUCGUAGACAGUCAAGCGUGUACAAUUCUUCUUGAAGUGGACCAGACGGCCACAGUGGGCUGCGUCGUGACCAACGUUCUCGAUCCGUCCGAUGAGCAUCGACUGCUCCAACUGCUGCCUGCGCGACGGCCAAAAGCGUUUACAUUUACUCAUUUGACGCCUGGUCAGCAGUACACGGCGCGAUUUCUCGGCUUAGACCCGUCGUCUAGUGCUGGUGAAGGCUGCUGUUCAUUCCACACUCCGGGGACCGCGCCGACGCGGUGGAACGUCGUCCUCGUGUGCCGGGAUUUGCAAGUAUGCUUCACAUCCCCAGCUUCGUCGUCGUCGUCGCAGCUGUGGUCGACGAUCGAAGCGACGACGAGCCAACCGUUUUCCGCGUUAAACUUAGUUUUGCAUUUGGGAGGACAGUUGGCGUCGACGGUGAAUGUGCUCGUGGGUCCUGUGGUUGGUGUCGUAGACAGUCAAGCGUGUACAAUUCUUCUUGAAGUGGACCAGACGGCCACAGUGGGCUGCGUCGUGACCAACGUUCUCGAUCCGUCCGAUGAGCAUCGACUGCUCCAACUGCUGCCUGCGCGACGGCCAAAAGCGUUUACAUUUACUCAUUUGACGCCUGGUCAGCAGUACACGGCGCGAUUUCUCGGCUUAGACCCGUCGUCUAGUGCUGGUGAAGGCUGCUGUUCAUUCCACACUCCGGGGACCGCGCCGACGCGGUGGAACGUCGUCCUCGUGUGCCGGGAUUUGCAAGUAUGCUUCACAUCCCCAGCUUCGUCGUCGUCGUCGCAGCUGUGGUCGACGAUCGAAGCGACGACGAGCCAACCGUUUUCCGCGUUAAACUUAGUUUUGCAUUUGGGAGGACAGGUGAUCGUACAAGGGAAUGCAUCGGUAGAUCAAGCGCGGGCGGUGCUCAAAGCAGCUCGUACAAGUGGAGGUCUGAACGAGGACUUAGCCAAGGAACAGCUGCGUAAUGUGUAUCGACACCACUGGAACGUUCCUGCGACGAGACAAGCGCUAAUGUGUGGGUCACAUGUGAUGGUGUGGAAUGAGCGCGAUGUAUUGGAUUCUACGAGCGACGACGACGACGACCGGCACGACGAGGAUAUGACGCACCUGUCAACAUGGAUGGAGGAGGUCGCCCACGAGUAUCAGGACCAACUGUGGCUGCCCAAUGCCCUCUAUGCACAAAAGUGGGGUAGCUUUGGGUUGUAUGUGUGGCGAAAACGCAGACCACAAAACCAAGACGAGUCAACUCGAUGGAUAAAACUCGACCAGUUGCUACGCCAACCCAUCACGAGUCUUAUAUUGGCGUGUGACCAGCCCCUUGUGGACGACUCGGUCGAAGACACGGCAGAAAAGGCAAAGUUCAACUCGGCGUAUACCCGUCGUAUACCAUACGAAGGCGCCGACUUGCUCAGACUUUUGCAGGUCUUAUUGGAGUGGAAAGGACCUGCCACCAGUUCCAAGCACGUCGUGUGUGUGUGUGGGAACGACUACUAUGGCUUUGAUACAGUCAUUCAGCAUGCAGUUUCCAAUGCAGCCAUUCGACAAGUGGUCGUGGGUCCACUGUGCUCGGAGUUGUCAGUUGAGAUGCUGGCUGCUAUCACGUACUUGGGUCAAGGCACCAUCGGCCACGUUGCUACCUAUUGCCACAACUUUCAUCCGGCUUACCUGCAGCCCCACUUUGGGUACCUGUCAUUGGCAGACGACACCAGCAGUAGUAGAAGUCGCCACCAGGAGCCUCCUCAACCUGCAUUCACGUACGAAUUGGUCGUUCGAAUCCACAACUGCUGCGACACCGUUCCAAGCCACGAAAUCGGAGACCAGGUCACUUUGCAUGACGCUGCGACGUGGUGCCCCUCGGCCAACUUGCCGCUGCAUUUGAAUCCGGAGGGCAAACCGUGGACAGACGAGUUAGGGCUACUAUUUAACAAAAUCAACGAUGUGCUGGCGACUCUAAAGGACUUCGAGUGGGCCGAUGCCUACGCCUGUACCCGCCAUCCUACCCACAGCUCCCGCAAUUGUUUACAGCUUACACAUGCAUUGUACCCUGGUUUGCGCCGGCUAUUCGAGAUUGGCGGGUUGAAGCUUGGAGCGCUGGUGAUACUGCCGUCGAUGUAUGUGUUAUAUGCAACAAUGGCGUCCAAAGAGCAGCACAAGCUUGGGAUGGUCGACAUCGGUCGGUUCCAGCAGCUGUGCCUCGACACGAUCGAACUGUCCCUUCGCUUGAAGCCACCUUCUCAAAUCGCCAUCCCAGAAACCUCCAAUCACGAAGCGUACAUGGUGAUGCCGCACGAGGCCGAGUACAUGAUCGAGAACCUGACGCCGCUGCCGUUGCAGAGUAUGGGUUCCGCCGAGUUCAUGCGGCUGCACGGGGACGUUGAGAAGCUCAACUUGCAAGCGCAUCAAAGCGCCAAACAAAAGUCCGACAACUUCGUCGUGGAAUCUCUCUUGACGUUCAAGAAACUGCCCGUGUUGAUCUACAACUUGCUCGCGAACGAGCUGUGGAAGGAGAAGGUGUUCCCGACCUUGGCCGACUAUGGGGAUGCGGCGUCCAUGCGCACGUACUUUGUGCUGUACCAUGAAGCGGUGCUGUGCAACCUGCUCGAAGUAUCGUUUUACCACGAACACGUUGUCGAAAGCUUAGACGACGAGACGUUGAUGGAAGUCGUCGACUACUGCAUGCGCAAGAUCACGUGGUUGAUUCAAACACCUCGCGAAGUCUUUCGCACGCAGACGACGUUCCACAAGUCUGGUCAGGACAUUGUGCGCGAGCUGGACACUGCGUCCCGCGCGGACGAGCUGCGUCGGCAAUGGCUCGAGCUCGAGUUCCGGGUGUCGGUUCAAUGCGUGACCAUCCUUCGAUACAUUUGCGAGCGCGUGCACCUGUUGUCGUUGAACUUGCUCAGUCGGGUGCUGGACAAGCACGAUGCGUUGCUUUCGUUCGUGGCGCUGCUAGAAAAUCCGCCGUGGACGUACAAAGCCCCUGACAACACAUGGAAGAAGUUCGAUCAUCAGAAGUGGACACAGGUCGCCCCAUGUGACUUGCUGCAGAUCACGACCACGGAAGCGCAGCCGUGGAUCGCCCUCUACUUUCUCGUGUGUUCAAAGGCAGCGCGGGACCAGUACCAGCUCACGUGCUUCCGCAAGAACCAAGUGCUUCGCGUGCGCAAGUACCUGAACGACGUCAUGCUGGACCAGCUGCCGCUUCUCGCCGACGUCCAGCGGUUCCUAGACGAACUAGCGAUCGUCCAAUUGAAUCCAAACGCCGUGUCUGCCGCCGCCAAGCUCGUGAUGGAAGUAGUGCCGGUGAUCCGCACCGCCCUGGUCCGCGAAUACAGAGCCCAGUACACACAACUGGGAGUGGCAUACCUCGAUGCAUGUGCCUCCAUCAACCGCCAAGACGACAUGAAGACAUUGGCAGACGUGUACAACAUGGACGGCCUCGACGAUCUCUUGGACAGUGGCGGCGGCGGCGCGACUACCUUCUCCACAGACCAAAACCAACCCAACCAGAUGCCUCCAGCUAAACGAAGUCCGCUGUCAGUGAACUUGGUGAUUUCCAACCACUACCACCAUAUGCAAAAGAUCAUUGCGCUGGACGAUAACAACUGCGACAGCGUCGAGCAGUGCGUGAUCUGUGACGUGGUGCUGUCGUCGGAAACCGUCGUGGACACCACCGACGGCAAGUACUUUCGGUACGCGCUGCAGCGGCGGCGUGCGGUUGACUCGACCAUGCUCCAAGAUCAUGAGCCGAACCAGCAGGACGUCGACAGCGUCGUCGUGGCCACCCACGCGCACGUGCAUGCUACGGUCGCCUUCGACGAUAACCAAAUGCCACCCAUUCACUUGGCAAACCCUGACGUAAACCUGCCCGUGGAUAUCAUCAGUAACAACCAGAAGAGCAUUGCGAAGCCAGUGGUGUGGCGCCAAGUGGGUAUCCUGGACCAAGGACAAGGCGUGGUUCAGAUGCAGUUGAAACUCCUAGACACGAACCGGUACGAGGUGGGCUCAGUCUUCCUGUCGAUUCCAGCUACCCCUCCCGCCGCCGUUCCCUCGUAA